CCUUAAGUGGAGCGGGACCCACCUGUCUUGCUUCGAUGUUGGUGCUUUCUUUUCGCUGCGAACAAUCAACAUAUAUCGGUAUAACCGACACACUUUUUUGUUGUAGGCUAUACAAACUCGGUAACAGUUCUUAUCCGAAUUCCGGUAUAACAUAGCCCACCGUUACAUUCAACAUAUAUCUGUGCAAAUAAUGCAAAUAGAUCACUCGGAGAUUGUGACCGUCAUUGAAUGUAUAGCAACCGUUACAUUGAUACCGCUUCCGUCCAACUAUAGCAGCUUCUGCUUCUUCUUCCUCGUCCUAUGGUACUCGGUGCGAGGAAUGAGGGUGAGGUUGAAAGCUUGCAUCCAUCAGCCAGGAGAAUGACUUUGGUGAGCAAAUUCAUGCAAUAUUCUGCACUGAAAGCUUCUCUGUCCCAAAUCAAAUCAAUUUGGUUCCUCCAUGCACCAAGAUGUUCGUUAUUGAUGUCGAGCUUAGAUCUGCCUAUUCGAUCAACGCUUUCAUGGCUACCACGUUGAGAAUGGAGCCCGCUGCACCCAACAAGGGAAAGAAGAGGGACCAUGGCCUUAAAGACAAGCUGUGACAGUUGUGCUGCCUUCACUACUUUCUCCCCCUCCCCAACACCACCGCCUCCUCCUCCCCAGCUUUACGCUUCGGUUUCAGAGGAGGAACAUUUGGAUCAAUGGGAAGGACUAGCACACGGCUACCAAGCUUCUGCUUGAACCGCGUCACCACACGCGUCAGAGUCCGGUCUCCGGCGAUCGAAUCGAGGCCUCUGUCUCCCCAGGCAAGCAAGGUUAGCAGCGUGGACGAUGAGCUCGCCGCUGAUGGAGCUACGAAAGAGAUGGAACACGGUAGAAGGAUCAUGAUCGUGGUGGACCGGAGCUCAGAGGCCAAGGCUGCUCUCCACUGGGCGCUCUCGCACUCUGUCCAGAGCAACGACACCGUCGUCCUCGUCGAAGUCACGAAGCCAUCGAAGCACGGCGAAAGUACUCAGAGGGAGAGACAUCCAAACGGCUAUGCGCUUCUCCAUGAUAUGAAGAGAAUUUGCCAAGCAAGGAUACCUGAGGUGCAAGUCGAGCUGUCUUUGGUCCCGGGAGAAGAGCGAGGGCCGGCGAUCGUCGGAGAAGCCAGCAAACGGGGCGUCGUCCUCCUCGUCAUGGGGCAGAGGAAUCGAUCAGUGACAUGGCGUUGGGUGAUGAUGUGGGCAGGCAGUAAGCCGGGAGGCGACGCGGUGGACUACUGCAUCCGAAACGCCACUUGCAUGGCUCUGGCCGUGAGGAGGAAGAGCAGGAGAGGCGGCGGCUACUUGAUCACCGCCAAGCGCCACCGAGAUUUCUGGCUUUUAGCGUAGUGUUGGAACCGAUGCUUGUCUGUGUUCGAACGAGGUGUGGCUUGAGUGCGGUGUGUUUUGUUGGUCAUCAGAGCAUAUUAAUCUGUAUGCCAUUUGCAUGUGAAUUGUAGGUAUCAUUAAUUCUGUUGUUUUUCUCA